GGAUAAUUUUGGAAGCAGUUGAUUUUUAGUAAUCCAAACGUGGUCUGACAAUGAAAUAUUCAGCGUUUCUGUUGGCGAUUUUGUCGGCCAUACUGACGUCUACGUGUGAUGGAAAUGCUCUGAAUAUUGGUAUAAUUUAUGACAAUGAACUGGGAAUAUCUGGAGAAGCUUUGAUGAGACGAUUCGAUGAGUUGAGUGCCAAAAUGGAAUAUUAUGCUGAUUAUCCGAUCAGAAAUUUUUCUCUGCCAAGCCCACCUGCAUUAAACAUAACUGUAAAUGAAUUUACAGUUGGUCAAGUCUGCAACUUAAUCGAGAGGAAUGUGCAUGUGAUCAUCAGCCUGACCACCUGCUCGGUGGCACAGUUAAUCGAAUCACAAACUUCACCACACAGAAUAACACAUGUGGCUAUCCCCAGACCAGCAUGCUCUAAAGAUUCCAUCGAUUCGAGUGCACUGUCAGCCUCAACAACAAUAUGGAUUCAACCAACACCUGAGCAUACAAGCAGAGCGAUAUACGAAUUAAGCGAAACUGAACGUGCUGCUUUAGCUUUACUUCUAAGUGAUUCACCUACUUUAUUGGUAUUAAUCAUCUUUGUGACAAAUUGUUCCAAUGGUUAUCUGAGAAAUACAACUGCGCACUGUCAAUACUCUAGAUGUGAAUAGUAAACUCCUCGCCGAGGAGAAAUUUAUUUAUCUUCGUGAACACGGCUGGCACAAUGGUUAGGACUCUCGCCGACCACGCACAUGGGCCGGGGUUCGAGGCCGCGCCGACGC